AUGGUCGGAUCUGAUAUUACUGGGUAUACACAAAGGUUUCACGACCUGUCUCGUGUGAUUCCUUAUUUGGUUACACCAGAAUACAAGCGUAUUGAACGCUAUAUUUGGGGACUUGCUCCUGAGAUCCGAAGCCAUGUUACUGCAGCAGAACCCACGACUAUCACGCAGGCGAAUAAAGAUUCACAUGUCGAGUCUUCCACGGGUGGAAAAAGGAGUUACUCAAAUUUCAAGAAGGGAACUCGUAGGAAUAAUAACAACUACAACAACAACACCAACCCCAACAACAAUACCAACAACAAUACCAACAACAAUACCAACAACAACAACUACAACCGCAAUAACCACAACAACAAUAACAACAAUCGCAAUCACAACAACCCCAACAAUUAUAACAUAAAACAAGAGAAUACUCAGGCAAGGGAUGCAAAGGCGUUUGUAGCCACCAAUGAUAUUGGCCCGAAGAAGUACUCUGGUACUAUGCCCAAGUGUGAGCGAUGCUCGUAUCAUCACAUGGGUAAUUGUAGGAUAUGUGACAAGUGUGGCAAGCUUGGCCACCGUACCGAGUCAUGCUGGGGAUCAGGAAAUAGAUCAGGAACGGAGAAUAGAAAUAACAAUAAGAAUGGAAAUGGGCGUGAACAAGGAUGUUUUGGAUGCGGAAGCAAAGAUCACUUCAAAAGGGAUUGCCCUAAAGAAAACCAAGCUCGUGGUCGAUCAUUUGUGAUUGGAGCCAAGGAUGCGCGCCAAGACCCUAAUGUGGACACUGGUACGUUCCUCCUUAACAAUCAUUUUGCAUCCAUAUUAUUUGAUACUGGUGCCGAUUUUAGCUUUAUCUCUGUAGAAUUUAAAAAUACUCUGGGACUAAAAUCUAGUAAACUAGAUGUCCCAUAUUCUAUAGAAUUGGCUAACGGUAAACUAGUAGAAUCGGGGGAAGUUGUUACGGAAUGUUCCUUACAACUUGGAGAACAAAAAUUCACUAUCAAUCUCUUACCUGUUGAGUUGGGUAGUUUCGAUGUAGUGGUUGGCAUGGAUUGGCUAUCCAAUAAUGGAGCCGAAGUCGUUUGCCAUGAAAAGAUCAUUCGCAUACCACUACUGAACGAAGAGACACUGGUGAUACAUGGAGAGAAGCGCGACACCCCAUUACGGAUCAUCAAUAGCAUGAAAGCUUAG